AUGGCUGCAGGUGUCAUGGAGAACUUCCUCAUCCAGGACCCGACUCCAAACUAUUUCCCCAUGUUUUUCCAGCACUCCCCAUGCAGAGAGGAUGAAGAGGAGACGCUGGAGGGAAUAUCAGAGGAGAGAGAAGAUGAAGAGGACAGAGAGGACGAGGAGGAAGAUGAAGACUGUGACGCUCCAGAGGAUGAGGAGGAAUGUCUUGGGGGGUUUCUUCCAAACUCUGCUGACCCUGUACUGGACAUGACCAAGCAGCUUCUCAGGUUUGCCGAUCUCAUCAGCCACGACGUCCAGCGGUAUUUCGGCCGCUGCUCUGAGGACCGACAAGUUUGUGACAUCUACAACGACUCUGUCUCCAUCACUACCAGCGGACGUCUGCGUUACUAUGACGACCUGCUGAAAAUUGCAAGAGCAGAAAGUCCAAAAAUACAAGACUGUGUUUCUGCAGGCAGUGCCAAGGAACCAGGCGUAGCCUUUGCCAGUGGCAGCAGUGGCCUGGGGCCCCUGGCGGAACUGUUCGACCACAGGGGUCUGAGUCAGAACCGAGGCCAACCCAUGAUCAAACGGCAUCUCCCUCUGAGCUUCUGGACCGAACCGGUCCCGCACGGCUCUCUGGUUGACUUCAGGAAUGGCUCUGACCUUAGCCCCACAAGCUGUGACGCUCACCCUCAGGACGGCGUGCAUGUCAGCAAACACGUGAACUACAGCCUCCUCAUGCACAGCAACAUGCAGACGCUCAGCAGCAUUCAGCCGGACUUCAGCGACCUGUUGGCGAACUGGGAUCCCAACCUGGAGUUCACACACACUCUGACCGAGGACACACACAUGCAGCACUGA